AUGAACUCAUUAGUCGAAACAUUUAACAAUUUUUGUCCUCCAGCAGUUAAUACCAAAGAAUGGCUCGACUCUUUUAACCCCUUCAUAAGCACAACAAGCUCACGUUGUAGUAACAAUACUGCUUUCUCUGAUAAAUUGUCACCAUCACCAUCACCAUCAUUACUCGCUCCAUUAAACUACAAUUAUCUUCCACCACUUUUAGAAAAAAAUCUUGUGAGAAAAUCUAGCGCAACUUGUCAAGAAUGUGGCAAACUUUACAUGGGUAAUAACUCACGUUCCAUUUUGAGACGUCACUUGGCACAAAUUCAUAAAGUAACAUUACGCCGCGGAACACGCUGGGAUAGUAACCCAAAUCGUCCUAAAAAUGAUGAAGAAAGGCGUCAACGAAUGUUAGAGUCGAAACGAAAAUCGGCCCAAAAAUUAAGAGCAAGAAAAAAGGCUUCAAUAAAAAUCGAGUUAAAUAUUGAUUUAGAUUCUGUAUCAUUAGAUAUUUUGUUAAAUUCCACUUUUAGUCCUCAUAAAAUACUUCAAAUUCACAAAAUCCGUUUGAAACUUUCAAGAGAUUAUUACACAGUUAAU